UUAAUUCCAACUUUCAAAACAAACCUUAGUGCGUUCUUUGUUUGGAUUGUGAUCCUGAUAAAAAGGAUGUCUGCAAAUUUAUUGAAUAAUGUAGAUCCUUUUAAUGAGACACAACAUGACACUGAUCUUACUCACAUAGAAUACAAUUUAAAAGAAAAUGGAAUUAGUGAUGAGGAAAAUAAAAAAGAAAAAGAGAUACCAAAGCAGUUACUAUGUGCUGAACCAUUAACACCUGAAGAAGUUCGAUGGUUAUAUAGAGAUGAUGUAAAUAAAAGGUGGAUGGAUUUUUGUGGAUAUGACAGUUUAAGAAUAGAAAAGGCUUGGAGACAAAGGCAAGAUAAUACAAAUGAAAAUGAAAAUACUAAUAAUUCUCUGAAUAUUGAAAGAGUUGUUGUCAGAGGUGGAAUGUAUGAUGUUGAAUUAGAAAAUAUGAAGUGUGUUUCCAUAUACUGGCCAGGUGAAGAAUGGGAAAUAAUAAGAGGUACAUGGUUUUAUGAUGGAAGUUGGAUACCUCUAGAAUUAGAAUACUCUGAAGUAAUUGAAAAAGCUCAUUUACAAAUGUUUCAAAGACAAACUCUCACACAGUCAAGUUCAACACCAGACUUUAGUACACCAUCACAUUCAUAUGAAGUACUUCAUACAGAACACUUCACUCAAUAUCACAUCGAUUGGCAUGCAAUAAACGAUGUGGUUCUUUACAGCGAGUAUACCCCAAGUAAAUUGAUGCGUAGCGUAACAUCAAAAUUUGGCUUUACUAAAACAACGGGUUAUAGACUUGUAAGAGGAUAUAAACAAUCAGCUAAAAUGGAUGAUAAACCACAAGACAUUGAUCAUUUAGUUUUUAUAGUUCAUGGAAUUGGUCAUAAAAGUGAUACUGGCAAAAUUAUUCGUAAUACUGCAAUGUUUAGAGAAUGUGUGGAAAGAAUGAAACAGAAAUAUUUUCCAAAUUCUAUUCAUAGAGUUGAAUUUUUUCCUGUAGAAUGGAGAUCUUCCCUGAAACUUGAUGGAGAUAUAGUUGAAGCUAUAACUCCAUAUAGUGUGUUAAGAAUUCGAAAUCUGCUUAAUACUUCUGCGAUGGAUAUAUUAUACUAUACAAGUCCUUUAUAUGGAGGGGAAGUGCAAGCUGGUCUUCAAAAAGAAUUAAACAGAUUAUAUUUCAAAUUUACUAGCCGACAUCCAGGAUGGCAAGGAAAAGUUUCAGUUUUAGCACAUUCCUUAGGAUGUGUUAUUGUAUAUGAUAUUGUCACAGGAUGGGUGGGAUUUGAAACGCGACCUCCUGGCUCACCUCAACGUUCAUCAGAGGGUUUACAGUUUCCUAUUGAAAAUUUAUUUUGCUUGGGUUCUCCACUAUCUGUAUUUUUAGCUUUACGUACACGUACACCGUCCAAUCGAUCAGACUUAAUGCCAGAAUAUUUAUGUAAAAGGUUUUAUAAUAUAUUUCAUUGGUCAGAUCCAGUUGCAUAUCGAAUGGAACCUUUAUUAGAAAGAGGAUAUAGUAAAGUAGAGCCAGUUCUUAUCCCAACACAUGGUGGAGUGGACAGUCAACAAGUUGAACAACCACCACCACCAUCGAUUAAUAACGGUGAUCAAAUUAAUCCACAAUCAGAUAAUGAUGAUAAAGAUGAUACAAGUCCAGUUGAUACAUCAAACAGGAAUGCAGAAAGAGGUUGGAGUUUAUGGGGUUUGGUAAGAAGUGGAUGGAAUGUUAAAGAAGGAACUUCUACACCUGAUAACCCACCGAUUCAACCUGACCAAGAAUUAGCUCAACGCUUAGAUUAUGUGCUGCAAGCUGUUCGAAUAAUAGGUCCUGAUUAUUUGUAUAGUGUAAGAGCUCAUACUGCAUAUUGGAAUAAUUGGGAUGUGGCUUAUUUUGUAUUAACGAGAAUUUUUCCAACAUUGGAAACGUGAUGUUGGCAUUUACUUUUCAAUAGAAAAUCAUAUCAAGAUAUACCGGAAAUACCUAGUCUAACAAGGGCCUUAUAGGCCUGAGUUUAUAAACAGGCCUGCCACCAAAACUAAUCUGUGAUAACGGAAAAACGAUACAAUAAUAUGACAAAUUCUUUGAUAGACAAGUUGUUUUGUAUGGUUUUCAUAAAAAAGUGAUUAAAAUUAAACAAUAAGAAGUUUUGCCAUUUAUGGUUUUUAUAUUAAAAGUUUAUUUUUACUAGAAAAAUUUGACAAAUACUAUUGAUUUAAUUCACCUGGCAGUUGCC